GGUGCUGGAGGAGGGAAGGCACCGCGUGGGACCGGGUGGCAUUUUUGGGCUGAAACCCCUGAAAUCCGGGGCUCUGCAUGGCUGUGGGGCGUUCCCAGGCCCCGGCGGUGGCAAGAUGGCUUUCGCCAGCCUCCUGGAGCACGUGGGGGGCAUGGGACGCUUCCAGGUGGUCUCGGUGCUGCUCCUGUCCCUGCCCGUGCUGAUGAUGGCCAGCCACAACCUCCUGCAGAACUUCACCGCUGCCACCAGCGACCACCGGUGCCGCCUGCGCCCGGAGGCCAACGCCAGCGGCCUCGACCCCGAGGCCCUGCUGAGGGUCUGGGUGCCCCGCGGGGAGCGGUGCCGGCGCUUCGUGACACCCCAGUGGUGGCUUUUGGAGGCCAACGGUUCGGCGCCCAACGGCUCUCGGCUGGAGACGGAGCCGUGCGGUGAUGGUUGGACCUACGACCGCAGCGUCUUCACCAGCACCAUCAUCACUGAGAUGGCCGCCAUGGGCACCUGCUCGUCCUUCGCGCCCACCUUCACCGUCUACUGCCUGUUCCGCUUCCUGACGGGCAUGGCCUUCUCGGGCAUCGUCCUCAACAGCGUCUCCCUCUCGCUGGAGUGGAUGCCGACACACAUGCGGGCACUGGUGGGGACCUUCAUGGGGUACUGCUACACCGCCGGGCAGUUCCUGCUGGCCGGCGUCGCCUUCGCCAUCCCCGACUGGCGCCAGCUGCAGCUCGCGGUGUCCCUGCCCUUCUUCGGCUUCUUCCUCUACUCCUGGUGGCUGACGGAGUCAGCGCGGUGGCUUGUCAUGGUGGGGAGGUCCCACCAGGCCCUGCGGGAGCUCCAGAAGGUGGCCAGGAUCAACGGGAAGAAGGAGGAAGGGGACAAGCUGGACAUAGAAACCCUGAGGUCCCACAUGGAGAAGGAGAUGACGUCAUCAGGGACACGUCACACCGUGGUUGACCUGGUCCGGACGCCGGUCGUGCGCCGCAUCUCCUUCUGCCUCUGCUUCGUGUGGUUCUCCACCAGCUUCGCCUACUACGGGCUGGCCAUGGACCUGCAGAACUUUGAGUUCAACAUCUACGUGAUCCAGCUGAUCUUCGGCGCCGUGGACAUCCCGGCCAAGCUGGUGUCCAUCCUCACCAUCACCUACGUGGGGCGGCGCUUCACCCAGGCCGCCGCCCUCAUCCUGGCUGGCUUGGCCAUCCUGGCCAACGUCUUGGUGCCACGAGACCUCCAGACACUCCGGACAGCCCUGGCCGUCUUUGGGAAAGGUUGUUUGGCCGCGUCCUUCAACUGCGUCUUCCUCUACACGGGCGAGCUCUACCCCACGGUGAUCCGGCAGACGGGCAUGGGCUUGGCCAACACCAUGUCACGGCUGGGCAGCAUCAUCGCCCCCCUGGUGAAGAUGGUGGGCGAGGUCUUCCCAGCACUGCCCUUCAUCAUCUAUGGCGCCGCGCCCGUGGUGUCGGGGCUGGUGGCCGUGUUCCUGCCCGAGACACGGAACCUGGCCCUGCCCGAGACCGUGGAGGAGGUGGAGAGAAGGACACAACCCCAGAAGGACGAAGCCCAACACCUCCAGGUCCUGCUCCAGCCCACCCAGUCCAGCAACUCCACAGGGCCCCAUUAGUGCCGCCCCCCACCAGGGGACCCCCAAAAUCCUCAGCCCUCGAUGCUCCCGCCGGAUGAAGGAGCAGGAUUUGUGGAUCUGGGAGGUGGAGGGGGUUCAACCCCCCCCCCCGAAGAGCAGAGGGACAACAGUGACCACAAGGACCCGGGUCCCCCCUCCCUGCAGAGUUGGGGGGGACUCUGGGGCCCCCCGAAAUCGCCGCAUGGAGAAGGGUUCGGCCGUGCUGGAAUAAAAAACAGUAAAAGCAAAA